AUGGCAAGAACAUUGGUCCUUUUGCUCCCAGGUCUCGUGGCUGUGUGUGCCGUGCAUGGGAUAUUCAUGGACAGACUGGCUUCUAAGAAGCUGUGUGCCGACGACGACUGUGUCUAUACUAUUUCUCUGGCUCGAGCUCAAGACGAUUACAAUGCCCCGGACUGCAGAUUCAUUAACGUCAGCAAAGGACAGCAAAUCUACGUGUACUCAAAGCUAGUGAAAGAAAACGCAGCUGGAGAGUUCUGGGCUGGCAGUGUGUACGGUGACAGCCAGGAUGAGAUGGGUAUCGUGGGCUAUUUCCCCAGCAAUUUGGUUGAGGAGCAGCACGUGUACCAAGAGGCCACCAAGGAAGUACCCACCACGGAUGUUGACUUCUUCUGUGAAUAAGAACUCAAUCAAAAUGGCAGAGAGAAACACCCAAAAUAA